CAGCACAAUUGGGCUCAUAUUGGAGUUUUGGAGUGUGCCUCCUGCGUAGCCAUGGGGCGCGUUAACCCCAGAACCAAGCCAUCGGUGGCGGGAACCGCCGGUAAAUCAGAAAGUCGGCGGAUGAGCAACGCGGACCGUUCGGCAUACUUCGCGAGGAGAGAGGCGGCGAAGAUAUUGCGGCGUGUUCUUGAGGGUGAUGCUCACCGUCGAGCCGUCGCCUCCAUCAAGUCACUCGUUUAUGCUCCGUCUGUUCGGAAUAAGAAGGGUACAUUCGCUCUUGUUUGCAAGACUCUCAAGUACCUCCCUAUAAUCAAGGAAGUACUGGAGGCUGCUGAUUUAUUGAGCAACAAAUGGAAGAGGCAGAAGGAAUUAAUUUAUGUCAUCAUGUAUGAUAUCCUCCUAGGCCAGAAAACUCCUUUAGCUGGCGAUGCAGAGAAGUUUCUUAUGCGGCAGCAAAGCGCUUUACAAUCUGUGGUUACACAGCUUUUGUCAAAGAGAAAAGCAAAUAAUAUUGAAGAUUUAAUAGCUCGUGGGGAUAAUCCUGGUGUUUCAAGGCCUCGUUUUAUACGUGUGAAUACUUUGAAGAUGGAUGUUCACGCAGCAAUACAAGAAUUAGGCAAAAGAUAUGCAGUUCAGAAGGAUGACAUGGUUCCUGACCUCUUGGUACUUCCUCCAGGCAGCGAUUUACAUGAUCAUCCAUUGGUUGCAGAUGGGAGUAUCUUCAUGCAAGGGAAGGCUAGUUCUAUGGUUGCAGUAGCCCUUGAUCCCAAGCCAGGAUGGGAAGUCCUUGAUGCAUGUUCAGCUCCGGGUAACAAAACUGUCCACCUUGCCUCUCUCAUGAACGGAAAAGGAAGGAUCAUUGCAUGUGAAUUGAACGAAAACAGGGUCAAACGCUUACAACAUACUAUCGAACUAUCGGGAGCUUCUAAUAUAGAAGUUUUGCAUGGGGAUUUCCUUGCUCUUGAUCCAAAAGAUCCUUCGUUGUCCAAAGUCCGUGCCAUUCUUUUGGAUCCUUCCUGCUCUGGCUCUGGAACUGCAGCUGCUAGAUUAGAUCAUUUGCUCCCGUCACAUGUUGAAGGGAAGAGCUCUGGGGAUGACCAUGAACGAUUGGACAAACUCGCUGCGUUUCAGAGGAAGGCUCUAGCUCAUGCAUUUUCUUUUCCGGCCGUAGAGAGAAUUGUUUACAGCACAUGUUCUAUUCAUCAAGUUGAAAACGAAGAUGUUGUACAGUCAUUAUUACAUCUGGCUGAAUCGCAUGGUUUUCAACUGGAAACUCCGUUCCCACAGUGGCAGCGGCGAGGUCUCCCAGUUUUUGCCGGCGCUAACCAUUUACUUCGAACCGACCCCAUCGAAGACAAAGAAGGAUUCUUCAUAGCACUAUUUAAGAAGCAGAACACGACGCACCCAUUUCCCCAAAUUUCUAGUAGAGAUAAAAGCUCUAGAAAUCAUGGUGGAAAUAUCAGGAACAGUCGGGCAGUUGCGUGCCUUCCUACCAGCAUGUUCAAAAUGUGGAUGCAUGCACAUUCAAAGAGGACACGACGGAGAAAAAUCCACACUCCAUCCGAAACCAGAACAAGAUCUUGAUUAUUCUCAAAACAAAGCACAGUAAAAUCUUCAAAGUUUCAACAUUUCUGCUCAGGUUAGUUGAAUUACAAUUCAAGCCUAGCUUUUCAUUGUUCAUCUUUAUGUUUAGAACAUCGCAUAGCGUCUAAUUGACUGUGUCUCAUAUCUAUACGAUAGACAUUUCUUAUAAAACCUUAAAGUUUUCAUUAAAAUAAGCAUUUCAAGCACACA